AUGUCGAAAACAAGUCAUUCUACAUAUAGCUUCACUACCAGUGCAAAGACUAGUGGUGGUUUCACAAGCAACUCACCGUUCAUUGGUUCACCGUCACCAUCAUCGUCGUCAUCGCUGUCAUCGUCAAAGAAAAAAGAUCAAAAGCCAGUCAUCAAGAGCGUAGAUAUGACAGAAGACAUGCAAGAUCGAGCCCUCGACCUCGGCGUGGAUGCCAUGGAAAGAUUCCAAACUGAGAAAGAUCGUGCCGCCCACAUCAAGAAGACAUUCGACCUCGAGUUCGACACCACGUGGCACGUCAUCGUUGGCAAGCAUUUCGCAAGUUUCGUCACGCACGAAGCAAAGUGUUUCAUCUACUUCUACAUCGGUCCUAUGGCUUUUUUGCUUUGGAAGUCGGGUUAAAUAAUAUAGUACAAUUAUCCUCAUAUAUUCAAACAUUGAACUCUUAUCUUCAUGUCGACCCAAUAUAAGCCUAGUCACAGCCUCUAUUUAUUCAUCAUAUUAUAGUAUACUUCAUGUUUUUGCUGAAAAAUGUUAUCA